AUGGCUGGUCUGGGUGUGGGUGCAUUGGGAGGUGCGGGUGCCGUUCUCGCUGCUGAAGUGUGUGCACCACUUUUGCUGCUCUGUUGGUUGUGCUGCUGGCCUGAUGAUGAUAGAUCAGAUUCUAGCUCAGGGAAAUAUCAACCACAAAAACCUGUAGUAACCGAUGUUGUCGUCAUCACUCCGGUGGUUUUGGAGGUCGAAGAUUCGCUUCUAGCGCUGUUUCUCUACACCUGCCCAGCACUUCUGAUUCCCGCACAUCGUAGUCAUGAAGAAAUCCGUAGCCGAAGAUCGAGGGGCGGUGCAGACAUGACGGGAGAGGUUGACGCAGACGGGCGAUAUCACUCCGCGCCUAGUGUUAUAGACGAAGUAGUUCAUAGGAGAGAUUGGGAGAGAUCUGCUGUAGAAUUAUACGUACCGCUGAGAGGAGAUGACAGCGGCACAGAAGGAGAGAGAGAGAGAGAACAUGCAGAAGAACAAGGACCCUGCUCCUUCCCAGAAGCAAGAACUUGCAAGAAACAUUAUAUGAACAUAAAAUCAUCACGAAAGAAGGAAACGCAGUCAAGCGGAGACGAUAAAGAUGACGAUGAGACUGCCACGGAGAUAAACGAAAGAAACGAAGUUAGCGAUACUAACGAAACGAACGAAAAUAACAACGACAGACCUGAAAGGAAAGUUUUGAAAGUAAAGGAAGCGAAGCAGAGUUUGAAUGAAUCUAUAAGGAGUAAGGAUAGACAACGGCAACCUCUGGGGCCGUUGACGGAGUUCCAGGUCGCAGGUUUUGAUUCGAAUGCUGGAGAAUACAUCGAGAUGGACAGAUCUGGUGCUCGUCAUCAUUCUAUGGAGUCAAGAUUCAGUUCUAUCAGCCCACGAUCAGUUCCUGGCCCGCCGCCUUCCGUAGAGGCUGUUGGCUAUUCCUUCGAAUCUUACCAUGAGGAAGCUGGUGCGGCGGGAGUGUGGCGUACCCCGGCCGAGUGUCGCCGCUCUCGUCACGCCAGUGCUGGCGAUGUAUUAGCUACCGUCAUAAGACCACAGUCUGGAGCUUUAUCUGAAAGCGAAUUGGAUUGGGACUUAGAAGAGGUUGAGGUGAGAGGGAAAGAGACGGCAAUAUAA